UUUCAUGUUGCCAGUGACUGUUGCUUUUUCCUCUCUUGUGACAGUUAUUUCAUCCCCAUGGAAACAGGAAAUCAGACACAUGCCCCAGAAUUUCUCCUCCUGGGAUUUUCAGCAGCGUCACAGAUUCAGUUCAUUCUCUUUGGCCUGUUCCUCUCCGUGUACCUGGUCACUUUCACCUGGAACCUGCUUAUCAUCCUGGCCAUCAGCUCAGACUCCCACCUCCACACCCCCAUGUACUUCUUCCUCUCCAACCUGUCCUUUGCUGACCUCUGUUUUACCUCCACAACCAUCCCAAAGAUGCUACUGAAUAUAGUGACACAGAACAAAUUCAUAACAUAUGCAGGCUGUCUCAGUCAGAUUUUUUUUUUCAUUUCAUUUGGAUGCCUAGACAAUUUACUCUUGACCGUGAUGGCCUAUGACCGGUUUGUGGCCAUCUCUCAUCCCCUGCACUACACGGUCAUCAUGAGCCCCCGGCUCUGUGGACUGCUGGUUCUGGGAUCCUGGUGCAUCAGUGUCAUGGGUUCCCUGCUCGAGACUUUGACGGUUUUGAGGCUGUCCUUCUGCACCAAAAUGGAAAUUCCACACUUUUUUUGUGAUCUUCCUGAAGUCCUGAAGCUUGCCUGUUCUGACACCUUCAUCAAUAAUGUAGUGAUAUACUUUGCAACUGGCAUUCUGGCUGUGAUUCCCUUUACUGGAAUACUUUUCUCUUACUAUAAAAUUGUUUUCUCUAUACUGAGGAUUUCCUCAGCUGGGGGAAAGUACAAAGCCUUUUCCACCUGUGGUUCCCACCUCUUAGUGGUCAGCUUGUUCUAUGGCACCGGCCUUGGGGUCUAUCUCAGUUCUGCAGCUGUGCCGUCUUCUAGGACAAGUCUGGUGGCCUCAGUGAUGUACACCAUGGUCACCCCCAUGCUGAACCCCUUCAUCUAUAGUCUGAGGAAUACGGACAUGAAGGGGGCCCUGGGGAGACUCCUCAGUAGGGCAACAUUUUAUAAUGAUGACAUCAUUGCAGGACUUUCAUAAGUAGCAAGGCUUAGACCAUUGG